GUCAGACUGGUCUUUCCACGGGGGUCAUGUGAUCAGUGGUGGAGGGGGGACGUGGGGUCCAAAGUCCGAUCCGAGUAGAAGCAGCAGAGCACUCGACUGUGUGAUGAAACCAGCGAUGUGGCCAAGAGUCUUCUUCACCUUCGUCUUCAGCGUCUGCAGCUGCCGGCCAGCGUCAGUCUUUCUGGAUCCAGAUCAAGCUCAUGGCGUCCUGGUCCGGACUCGGCGGUAUAACUCUGGCUGGCUGGAGGAGCUGCAGAUGGGAGACCUGAAGAGGGAGUGUCUGGAGGAGAUAUGCUCCUAUGAGGAGGCGCGGGAGGUGUUUGAACAUACAGAGACCACGGACGAAUUCUGGAGAACCUACAACCUCCCAGACAGCUGUGAGUCUGCCCCCUGUGUGAAUGGCGGCAGCUGCUCCAGUCAGGGUUCAUCCUACACCUGCCUCUGCCUGCCGCAGUUCAGCGGACUCAACUGUGAGCUCGAGUUCCUGUCCGUUCCCGACACCUGCCUGCUGGAGAACGGAGGCUGCGAACAUUUCUGCGAUGAAGACGAGGGAGGACGAAGACGCAACUGCUCGUGUGCAGAGGGCUACUUCCUGGACGUCGAUGGACGGAGCUGUGUGGCAAAAGAGUCCAUAGCGUGCGGCAUGGUCCCCGUCCUGGAGAACCAAACGGGGCAGCCGGACUCUCUGGGUCGGAUCGUGGGAGGGACGGAGUGCCCCAAAGGUGAAUGCCCCUGGCAGGUUCUGCUGGUGUAUAAAGGAAAAGGUUUCUGUGGAGGAGUCAUCUAUAAACCCACAUGGAUCGUGACGGCGUCUCACUGCCUGGAGGACGCCGACGCUCAGUUCCUGAAGGUCGUCGCAGGCGAGCACAACACGGAGAUGAGCGAGGGCACGGAGCAGCACCUGCCGGUCGCUCAGAUCAUCAUGCACGAGAACUACGUGAAGCAAACCGCCAACAACGACAUCGCUCUCCUCCGCCUGGCCUCGCCCAUCAUCUACACCACGUACGUCGUCCCCGCCUGCCUGCCCACGCGGCCGCUGGCCGAGCGCGAACUCUGGGCCGUCAGCACGCACACAGUGAGCGGCUGGGGGAAAAGGGGGGAGAACGGGCCCACCUCGCACAUCCUGCGGCGCCUCAGAGUCCCGCGGAUCCGCACGCAGCAGUGCGUGGAGGAGAGCGGCGUGGUGCUCACCGAGAACAUGUUCUGCGCCGGCUACAUCGAGGGCCGGCAGGACUCGUGUAAAGGCGACAGCGGCGGGCCCCUGGUGACGCAGUACAAGAAGACGGCGUUCCUGCUGGGCAUCGUCAGCUGGGGGAAGGGCUGCGCCCGGCCGGGCAACUACGGCAUCUACACCCGAGUGUCCAACUACCUGGACUGGAUCCACAACCACACCACCACACCACACCCGACCGCCAACGCCACCGAGGCCUCCGUACGCAACCUGACCACCUGAGAGCCAAACCAAGCUCUGACUUCCUGUUGUAUCACCAAAAUACUCUGGAAGUCCAAAAAUCUGUCUGUUGUUACUGACGCAUCAACAAUCGAUUUAUUCAGUUUAUCCAUCUGUAACCACACGUCAGUGACUGAUUCUGCUCUGUAUCAAAAAUCUCAAACUGCAAAAAGAUAGAUAUUCAAGUAUAGUACAAAUACCUUUGAUUGUUCUUCAGUGCAGUACUUGAGUAAAUGUACUCAGUUACUUUCACCUCUGUCCUCAUGUCGAUGUUUCAUUGAACACAAAUAUUAAAGGAGCUUCGUCUCAAUAAUUCACCA